AUGGCGACCCAAAAGAGCUCUCAACUCGAACAGGUCCACGCAGACAACAAUGACCACCUUAUCCGGUCCUCUGACAGCCAACAUCCCGCAAACCUCAUCCCGGCGCUCUGCAGCAAGUUUUGGACUCUAGGAUGGGUAACGGGCACUGGUGGAGGAACAAGCAUCCGCGAUGAUGACCUGGUUUACCUCGCACCUUCUGGCGUGCAAAAAGAGCUUAUGAAACCAGAAGACAUCUAUGUCCUCGCUCUCUCCCAGCAAAAGGACCCUAAAUCCCGAGUCUACCUCCGCUCUCCACCCUCCCUCAAGCCGUCACAGUGCACACCCCUCUUCAUUGCUGCUUUCACAAAGCGCAAUGCCGGAUGUUGUAUCCAUACACACUCUCAAUGGGCCGUCCUAGUUACCCUACUCCUCGAGAAGCGGUCUUCAAAAACGACUCUUUUUGAGAUCAAUAAUAUCGAACAGAUAAAAGGCAUUGGCAAGGGCUAUAAAAAACAAGGAAGUCUUGGUUAUCACGACACGUUACGGAUACCAGUGAUUGAAAAUACCCCACACGAGGAGGAUCUGACGGAGAGCCUAGAGCAAGCUAUGGAUAAGUACCCGGACACCUACGCCGUUCUUGUGAGACGGCAUGGCAUCUACGUUUGGGGGGAGACUGUGCACAAAGCGAAGACGCAAACUGAGAGUCUAGACUACAUCUUUCAAUUAGCGAUUGAGAUGGAAAAACUUGGGUUGUCGUGGUUGAGCGAUAUCUCCUAA